GUUUCCUCUGGGCAGGUUUUGAUGGAAUCUCCCCCCGUCUCGGGGUCUAAUGAAUGGAUGGAUGACCAUCAAUAUCCAGGGUUGUGAAGAAGUAUUUGCCCCCUUACAGGACAAUAUGAGUAUAAUAGUGAAGCAGGUGUGGGAUUUCCAGCAGCGCAGUCGUAGAGCUGCUGCCGUGAAGCCUCCGGCUUGUUACAUCCCGUUUAUAGCCAAUGGACUGACCUUCAGCUCAUGCACUAUGUAUGGACAGACCAGGACCUAUUGGUGCUCCACCACAGACAGCUUUGACAGAGAUGGGCUAUGGAGCUGGUGCAAUGGACCAGGAACUAACAGUGCGGCAGCAUGUGUAUUUCCCUUCCAGUAUCUGGGGGUGCUACACACCGCCUGUAUUCUGCAUCCCACUGGCUACACUUGGUGCUCCGCCACAUCCAACUAUGACCGUGACGGUCAGGGCAUCUACUGUCUGGCAGUCGGCAGCACAACCAUGGCGUCCACCCCCCUCCCCACCUAUGAUAUGACAUCAGAGACAGUGAAUUCGGCUCCACUGAUAGUCUCCACCGGAUUCACCUCCUCGGACAACUCCACCGACUCGACGCAGCUGACGGAGUGGUUACAUCUCGUAUCCUCGAACAUGUCCGCAGAAGAAGGUCUGGGCCUCAUUCCAGAUUUACAGAAUUACGUCUCCUCAGUUGGCCCUUAUGGAUUCCAUCAAGAUGAGGAGGAAGAAAUCAUUAAUAUUCUGAACAACAUUACGGAAAAUGUCGCCCAGUCUAACCUGAGCUUCCCUGUGGGUGCCGUGAUGGAUAUCCUAAAAAUCGCCAAUGAAAUCCUCAAUGAGACAUUUGGGAGGUCAGGUGCUAACACCACGUUCAGUCCACAGCUCUUACAUUCCUUUGAAAACCUUUUAGAAAACAUGGAGAUGGUUGAUGCAUCCUUCAAGGUCUCCUAUGAAAACAUUGAUUUCCAUUGCUUAGUGGCCUCCUGUGCCAACCUGAGUAAUGAGAAUGCCCUAAGGAUCGAGUCCCAUGUUAGUGUCGCGAUGACCCCUGAAGACAGUCAACAAGCCUUUCCUCCAGACUGUUUGGUCAACUAUUUGUUGUUGUCCUGCAGAACCCUGAAUAUGAACUUCCCAGGUCAAUAUGAAGAAGGAGAUGGUUCAAGCCUUACAUUCCAAGUAGACAGCAACAUCUUCACCAAUGUCUUGCGACUCGAUGGUAAGAGUUUCCACAAUCCAAAUGUCAACUUGACUUUCCAAUGCUCCCAUGGAAAUUACUGCGACCAUACGGCUGUAUGUGCUUUUUGGAAUUUCACCAGAAGUAGCUGGUCUUCGGAAGGGUGCACGACUGAGAUUGCCAAUGGAGUAACCUACUGUCACUGCCACCAUCUUACGUCUUUCUCCGUACUGAUCGCAAAAUUCAUCCCCAGCUCCUUGAAGAACAGCUCCGUACUUGACUACAUCACCAUCGCUGGUCUUGCUAUCUCCAUCGCUUCCCUCACGAUAUGUAUCACGUUCCAAGUGUAUGUCCUGAGAUUUCCCAUGAACCUUGUAGCUUACUACAGGCACACAACCAUCCUUAAUGCCUCCAUAUUCCUUCUCCUGAGCUACGUCUCCUUCAUAGCCGCCAGUUAUAUCACACCCAAGGAGUCUCUCAGACUUUGCGUGGGGUUGACCUUCUGCACCCAUUUCUCUCUCUUAGCUUUCUUUUUCUGGACCUUAGUCCAAAGCAUUUUCCUUUUCUGCCGUUUGGUGUUUGUCUUCCAUCAUGUCACGAAGAAGGAAUUCAUGAGUCUUUCAGUAGGUCUUGGAUACAUAAGUCCCAGCAUCAUUGCCAUAGGCACCUUCUUGUACUUCACUCCGACUAAUGAUUAUCAGAAGGAAAACGUUUGUUGGCUGCAGAGUGACUCGGGGGCUUCCAUGGCCUUUAACAUUCCAACCAUCAUAAUCCUGUCUGGAAACUUCAUGGUCCUCCUCGUGGUGAUCCAGAAACUUCUCAGACCAUCCAUCUCUGAGGGCAGCAAUGAGGACAAAGAGAUUAUCAAGAAGCUGGUGAAGGCCGUGGUCUUCUGUACACCUCAGUUUGGAUUGACCUGGGCUGUUGGAAUCCCUUUAAUGUCAGAUGGGAGCUUGGUGGCGUUACAGUAUUUGUUUGUGAUCCUCAAUCCUCUUCAAGGGUUCUUCAUAUUCGUCUUUGGCUGUUUGCUGGAUAAGAAGGUAAUGGAUGUUAUAAAGAAGAGGAUGUCAAAGAGCCCCGUAUUCAGCAGCACGGCAACAACAGUCAGCACCUACUGAGGAUCCAGGCCGAGGCUUUGUGGAGCUCUCAGACCCCGGCUAUAUUAUAAUCCCACCUUGUGACCUCCAUAUUAUACCUCGUCACCUCCAUAUUAUACCUCGUCACCUCCAUAUUAUAAUUCCAC